UCAACGCACACUACGGAAGUUUGCCGGGGUGGUUGUUCAUUCGGGCUGAGUGGUGCAUCAGUUUGCGGGCACAUUUAUGGUUUCUGCGCUGUAUUUUUCUUUUUAAAGUGCUACUGUGAUUUUCCUUCACUUUCUGGUGACAUCACAGAACGGACGAUGUCCCCGAGGCCAGAAAAGAUGGAGGUAGACGGCGGUAAGGGGGACGGUCUGAAGCCUUACUACAUCGCCAAGAUUGAGGAACUGCAGCUGGUGGUGGCAGAGAAGAGCCAAGACCUUCGCCGACUACAGGCGCAGCGAAACGAGCUCAAUGCCAAAGUCCGUCUGCUGCGUGAGGAGCUGCAGCUGCUGCAGGAACAGGGCAGCUACGUCGGCGAGGUGGUGAAGCCCAUGGACAAGAAGAAAGUGCUCGUCAAGGUGCAUCCAGAGGGCAAGUUCGUGGUGGACAUCGACAAGAAUAUCGACAUCAACGACGUGACACCCAACUGCCGUGUGGCCCUGCGCAACGACAGCUACACACUGCACAAGAUCCUCCCCAACAAGGUGGACCCCCUGGUCUCACUGAUGAUGGUGGAGAAGGUGCCGGACAGCACGUACGAGAUGGUCGGUGGCCUCGACAAGCAGAUCAAGGAGAUCAAGGAGGUGAUUGAGCUGCCGGUCAAGCACCCCGAGCUGUUCGAGGCGCUUGGCAUCGCCCAGCCCAAGGGCGUGCUGCUGUACGGCCCUCCUGGCACAGGCAAGACGCUGCUGGCGCGCGCCGUGGCGCACCACACCGACUGCACCUUCAUCCGCGUCUCGGGCUCGGAGCUCGUGCAGAAGUUCAUCGGCGAGGGUUCGCGCAUGGUGCGUGAGCUGUUCGUUAUGGCCAGGGAGCACGCGCCCUCCAUCAUCUUCAUGGACGAGAUAGACAGCAUCGGCUCCACCCGAAUCGAGUCGGGCUCGGGCGGCGACUCGGAGGUGCAGCGCACCAUGCUGGAGCUGCUCAACCAGCUGGACGGCUUCGAGUCGACCAAGAACAUCAAGGUGAUAAUGGCCACGAAUCGGAUUGAUAUUCUGGACUCGGCGCUGCUGCGCCCCGGCCGGAUCGACCGCAAGAUCGAGUUCCCGCCGCCCAACGAGGAGGCGCGACUCGACAUCCUGCGCAUCCACUCGCGCAAGAUGAACCUGACGCGCGGCAUCAACCUGCGCAAAAUCGCCGAGCUCAUGCCCGGCGCCUCGGGCGCCGAGGUCAAGGGCGUGUGCACGGAGGCCGGCAUGUACGCGCUGCGUGAGCGGCGCGUGCACGUCAACCAGGAGGACUUCGAAAUGGCCGUCGCCAAGAUCAUGCAGAAGGACUCGGAGAAGAACAUGUCCAUCAAGAAGCUGUGGAAGUAGGCCGGUGUGCGGCCCAGUGGCUGGGCUCGGUGGUGUGUUGGACUGCGUCGUCGUGCCCGCGCGCGCUUCGGGCCGGCCUGGCCACGGGCGCCCAGAGAGGGAGGGAGGGGGGAGGGGGGCUGUCGCGCUCUGCACUGUCUCAGCCGAAAGAGCACAGAGCUCCAAGGUACGGCGGCAAAUACACGUGUGGACGGUGUUGA